UAUAAAUGUGUUUUCUACUAGUUCAUUUUUUGUCCAAGAUCCUUGGCCUUUAUAAUAACCCAAGCUAGCAAGCACUAUACCACAGUUUUCUAGUUGGUUUAAUCUCCAUGGAUCCCCAAAAUUUUUACUUAAUAGUCCUUGCCUCCUUUUUCAUCUUCAUGCUUGUGGCAUUGAAAAAGAAAAAAGGCUCACCUGCAAACCUACCCCCAGGACCAUGGAAGAUACCUAUUAUAGGACAUAUUCACCAUCUAGUUACCUCUACACCACAUAGAAAACUAAGAGACUUGGCCAAAAUACAUGGACCCUUGAUGCACCUACAACUUGGAGAGAUCAAUGCAAUUGUUGUUUCCUCAUCAGAGUAUGCUAAAGAGGUACUUAAAACACAUGAUGUCAUAUUUGCAUCUAGGCCUAAAAUUAUUGCCUUGGAAAUACUAUCUUAUGGUUUCACAAAUAUUGGUUUUGCACCUUAUGGAAAUUAUUGGAGACAACUACGAAAAAUAUGCGCAAUGGAGCUUUUAUCGCAAAAUCGUGUGGGUUCAUUUCAACCAAUAAGAGAAGAAGUGUUCACCAAUCUCAUCAAAAGGAUUGGUUCCAAACAAGGGUCAUCAAUCAACAUCACUCAACUUGUGGUUGAAUCAACAUUUACUAUCCUUUCAAGGUGUGCGUUUGGUGACAAAUGCAAAGAAGAAGAAGAGUUUGCGUCGUUGGGGAGAGGAGAGUCAAUUGCAGGAGGUUUUGACAUAGCUGAACUGUUUCCUUCAGUUAAAUGGCUUCAACUUGUUUCAGGUUUGAGGCCUAAACUUGAGAGGUUGCAUAGACGAAUUGAUAAGAUACUAGAAAACAUCAUCAUUGAACAUAAAGAAGCAAAGUUAAAAGCAAAAGAAGGCCAAGUUGAAGUAGAGGAAGAUCUAGUAGAUGUUCUUCUAAAAUUCCAAGGUGGCAAUGAAAGUGACAAAGAUAUAUGCUUAACUAACAACAACAUUAAGGCUGUAAUCCUGGAUAUGUUUGGUGGCGGAGGUGAUACGUCGGGUUCUACCAUAGUUUGGGCAAUGACGGAGCUGGCAAAGGAACCAAGAGUGAUGAAAAAAGCACAAGAUGAAGUGAGAGAAAUAUUCAACACGAAAGGAAUUGUUGGUGAAAAAUAUAUAAAUGAGCUCGAAUAUUUGAAGUUAGUUGUGAAAGAGACCUUAAGGUUACACCCUCCGGCUCCUCUUUUAGUUCCAAGAGAAUGUGGACAAGCAUGUGAGAUUGAUGGGUAUCAUAUACCAAUAAACACUAAAGUGAUAGUCAAUGCAUGGGCAAUUGGAAGAGAUCCAAAGUAUUGGAAUGAACCAGAGAGAUUUUAUCCGGAGAGGUUUAUCGGUAGCUCUAUGGACUACCAAGGGACUAAUUUUGAGUAUAUUCCUUUUGGUUCUGGAAGAAGAAUAUGCCCAGGCAUCAUAUUUGGUUUGACAAAUGUUGAGUUGGUGCUUGCAUUGAUGUUGUAUCACUUUGAUUGGAAGCUUCCCAAAGGAAUGAAAGGUGAGGACUUAGACAUGACUGAAAUAUUUGGAGUUACCAUCAAAAGAAAAGAUGACUUGUACUUGAUACCUACUGCUCAUGUUCCUUCCAAGUGGUAGGAUACAAGCAAUGGCUAUAAGUAUAAUAAACUUGAAUUUGUUGGUCCUUAUUUACUUUUGAAAUAAAUCUUUGUCAAUCUUUAUUGGGUAUAGUACUAGUAUAGCUUGAGAUAAGGACUUUCUAAAUUUGUUGUUCUACAUUUACUUUUGAAAUAAUGCUAUGUUCAUCUUUGUUGGGUUUAGUA